AUGAGCGAAGCGGAGGCGCGGCUGCUCGCGCUGCUCGACAACAAUAAUCAAAACAAAGCCGACAUCACAGCACUACAGGAGGCGUGUGUGCGGGUGCCGUUCGUGUCGGCGCGACUCACCGGCGGCCGGCGGCUGCGACUUUACACCGGUCUUCUUCUUGACAAUCCCCAACCUAAUGAGGAAGAAGAAGGAGGAAAAGAGAAAGAGGAAAAGAAUACUUCUACUGAAGAAAAAGAAGAAAAGCCAACGAACACUUCCACUGGAGAAGAAGAAGAAGAAGGAGAACAAAAUAAACUUCUCCAUCGCCUGCGUGAGUCUUUCCAUGGGAUUCCCGGAGCCCCCAAUGAUGCUGAGUUGAAGGAAUUCAUUAACCGCUUUACCAGUGAGACAGGUUGUAGCUUUAGUGAGGAGUUCACGGCUAUUGCCACCACGCUAGCAAGAGUAAUUGCCGAUGCGGAAUUGCCAACAUCUAAAGAGAAUCUGCAGUUUCUCUACAAACUUCUAAAUGCAUUACAAAAAGACUUUGUAGUACCUAAUACUUCGCAUGUUUAUGAUGCUUCUCUCAUUUCUAUUUUUCGUCUCUUGUUGCAAUAUCAUGAUCCCCAUCUUUCACUUCAUUUUGAUCGACAUUUGGUCAAUAUUGGUAAAUUUAUGCUUAAUUGGGUACGUUCACUCUUUGUUGUUAAUAAUAACUAUAAGGAGGCUAUUUGUAUGUGGGACUGGAUACUUAUUGUGGGUGAUCCAACACUUACUGUGUACUUUGCCGUUGCUUACCUGGUUGCACACCGUCAACACUUCCUAGCAUUAAAAACAGAGGAAACUAUUACACAAGCAUUAACUUCACUUACCUUUGUUUUGCCUGCGAGCAAAGAGGAAACUGUAGACCCUGGUUUACACGAUGGACGACCGGUUUCUUUUGUUUCCUUGAGAUCUGGAAAGUCACUUGCACAAAAUGCGGAUAUUGCAUUCCGAAAUACUCCACGUGCCACUCAACGCAUAAUUGAUUCUAUGUUGUUUCCUGGAGAUUGCAGAAUAAAUAAAGAACCAGAAGCUUUAGCUCAGUACUAUGCUUCUUUUACUGCUUUACCGCUUGAACGCCCUGAUUUUGCGGAGUCUUUUGCAGUCAAAGAGACAGUUGAGGAUGAUUCUCCUGCUAUAGGUUAUAUUGUGGUGGACUGCCGUGCCCGCGAGAGUUAUGAUUUCGCCAGACUACCAGGUUCCAUAUUUGUAGGUGAAACUGUUGGCUUUGAUAGUGAAAAAUUUGAUAAGGUGGCAGCAAUGCUGAAAGAUGUACGGGGAGCUCAUUUAUGUAUUUUCGGUACUGGACGUCCCAUUACGGAAGAACUGAAUUUAUUGAAAGUUUUAUCUCUUCAUCUUGCGCAGUGUGGAUUUCCGUACAUCAGCAUUGGUGGAUUUCGUGCCAUUGUCCCUCUCAUUAAGGCAAAGACGAUCACGAUUGCCCGCACAACCACCGAAGAUGUCGUCUGGGAACAUCUUGACCGCCCUGUAGAGGCGCUGCGGAAUGGUCUGGAGGCGCUGGUCUCGCAGAUUGACAGAGAGGAGGCCCGUCGAAAGGCGGCGGAGAUAAAAAAUAAAGCAAAGGACGGUGUAAUGGCCGCAAAAUCUUGGGGAUUGAAUGUUAUGCAGCGAGUUAGUGAACGACUGUCGGCAGGCAGUGCAGCUUCAGCAGGGAAUGCCGCUAGGACUAAUACCAAUACAACAACAACAGCUACUUCCACUGCUAUGAAAGAAGAAAAGGAGGAAGGAAUGGGAUUAACUACUAGUACGGGAACUCGAAAUAAACAAUUCCCCCGAAGUGUGGAAAUGACCUCUAGACAACAACCUUUUUCUUUGGGCAUUGAUGAUGACGAGGAAGAUGACUUUGGCCUCAUAAGUGCACCAGUCUAUACUGGUAUCACUACUACGCAAAAGGAUGAUAAACCAGUUGUAAAAGGGACCGUUAUUAAUAAAACAUCACCCACUAUUACAACUGCUCCUGCCACGGGAGUUGAUUCACCUUCUGGAGUUCCUCAAUUAACGAGAGAUAUUCUUACGGAAAUGGAUGAAGAGUUCGAUAAACUUUUUGGUGAUGUGGAAUCACCAUCACAGCAGCAAACACAGGGAAAGGAGAAACAAGGAAAAGAACCUGAAAUUUCAUCACACACAGAUAAAAAAGAGGAAAAAGAAACUGUUUCUGCAACAGUAGAUACUCCUAAUCCCACCGCUAACGAUUCUACUACAGCAGCCACAUCAGCCGAAGAUAAAGAGAAGGGUGUUGACUCUGCUACUGUACCCAUGUAG